AAAGAACAGUUCCCUGGACCCUUCAACUCCGAACCCAACAACUAAACACUUGGAUGCUCUCUUGCAAAUCCUAGCGGAAGAAGCACUUUGAAAAGCGAAGAGGAAGAGCUUGAAUUAGGGAUUUUUUCUUUUUUUCAAACGGACCACCAGAUCGAACUGGGAUGUUAGAUAGCUCACCACCAGAAAUACUCGAUCGGAUCUUCCUCCACUCAGAUCCGAUCGAACUAGCCAGUCUGGCCAGAGUCGCCCGAUUUGCUCACGAACGAAUCUAUGGUCAAAAUAACCGACAGCAUCUCUGGCAGAAACUAUUCCUGAAUCACUUUGAUGACCCACUCUCAAAUCCACGUAUCCGUUCCAUCUUCCUCCAACAUCCCCUGACCAUCAAGCAGAAUGAACAACAUGUCGAUUGGCUAAAAACUUUAACCACCCGAAUCACACUCAGGCAGAUCCUCACGACGGCCGACGAUGCUCUAAUAAGGGACAGAUUGAUCAAACACUAUCCAGAUCACCGCUUCCACCAACUAUAUGAUCUCCUCUUCCUCAUCCUCGAUACCGCACAUUCAUCAUCACCUUCACCUCUCAACCCAAAUCCGACUUCAUUGAACAUAUCCUUCCUCGAAAACCUUCUCUCCAAUCCGCCCACCCAGUUCCGGAUCAUCCACUUCGCCGGUCUCAACCACCAGCAUAACCCGAUCUAUGCCCACCGAGCCUCUCUUUACGAUCCACUGGUAGCUGCUGCUGCCAAACUGCACACGAUCUAUGGCCUCACUUCCUUGGAUAUCGACCGGCCCCGGACUAGAGGGAUCGCCAGGGAGAGUAGCUACUCGAUCAGGAACUAUAAGCCCAAUAACUUCUACGGACCCUUCAUUCCUAACCCCGACCCGGACCCCGACGUGCCCGAUCAGCCCGAACCUACCUGUCGGGUCAGCUGGCCCCAUCUCGAAGCUCUCAGCCUCGUCGUCGGCCUGCACCUCUACAUGCUACGCAGGGAAACCCAGGAUAUCCUGGCUGCUGCCAAGGAUGAACAGGAGGCUGCCGACAACGAUCAAAUCGAAGCUGCUACCAACGAUGAACAGGAGCCUCCAAACGUCAUGGUGAACCCAGACAUGCAACCCCAGCGUCACAACAUCCAUCCCGCUCCGUUCGCGAUGCCCAAUCUUAUCCUGAGGCACCGGCGGGCCCAACUAGAUCCCAACCAGACCAACAAUGACCAGGAGCCCCCGACCAUCAUGACGAACGUAGACGAGCUGCCUGUGGACCCCGCUCCGCUUGGGAUCCCCUAUCCGAUCCUACAGCACCAGGGGGCCGAAGACGAGCUUGAUCACGAACUGGAAAACGAGCCAGCAAGGCGCGGGCCUGACCGUGUCCUGGCACAGAUCCCAUGGCCGAUCCUCAACAGUCUUCGCUCUGCCCGUCCGUUCUCCCAACUCAUGCAUCCCGCCUACGACCACCCCCCUCUCCCCUGGCCACCCACUAUCCCUGGCUCACCAACAAGGCCAGUGGACUUGAAUCAGUACGAUUGGGCUGGGGUCGGUGGACAAUGGUUAAGGGUAGUCACUUUCCUUGACUAUCGUCUCCUCUAUGAGUUUAACUUCGAUCAGAAUCCGCCCGGCAAUCUCGAACAACGUGAUGAGGCGAGAAGGGUGAUGACCUUGGACCUCAAGGUGGUCUCGAUUGGAGAUCCGCCUGAAGAUGAUCACACUCAUCCGGUGCCAUUAUGUCUACGGACCGAUCUCAUCGACCGACCGCCGAUCUUUUUCAGAGGAACAUUAGAAUUCAAUGUGGGAGCGAAGAGUAGGUUACUAGUUGGUCGGGGGGUGCCGUUGGUCCGGGGCUGUGUGUCGAUGACGUUGGACGGCGAAGUGCGUUGGUCGCUCGUGAGCACUUUCAACGGUGUCGAUCGCUGGUCCUCCGAGGGCAUCCAGGUUGGCGGGGUCCGGUCCAAGUGGGGCGUCAUCGGCGCUUGGACGGAUAUCAAUCGGGGAGACGCUCAGGCUCCCGUCGGGCCGUUCUAUUUCUUUAAAACUGCUUAUUGAGAUCAUGCGGAGGUAGGGAGACAACCAAUCUGUUGGAUUUUUUCUUCCUGUUCAAUUCCCAUUUUUGUCUUGCUCGAUCAGAGAUCGUUGGUUUUUUUUUUUUUUUUGGAUAUAUGCUUUGUCUCUUUUCUCUCUGUGUCUUCUGUUCAUGUGAUGGUCUUUCUUGCUUACUUACUCGACAAUAUAACACCUUUCAAAACCAUUCUUGCGGAUCAUCUAUUUUGUGGUGAUUGAUGGAACUCUUAUCGUGAUCAAGUCUUCUGGACCGUCCUGCGUCUAUCGUGCUCCGUUCGCUUAUCAGAUGAUCUACUUUUCUAAUCCCCCCCCUCUUGAAGAACAAAAACUGCCCCCCCCCCCAAACAACGAAAAAUU